AUGGUCUUUAGAAUUUCAUCUGGUGAUUUCGAACUUGAUGACUUCCAUAGCCAAGAAAACGGUUUAUUAGUAGUACUUACAUGGUUAAUCUGGUUGGUAGCAGUUAUGACUUUAUAUAUUGUUUUCAUGAACUUCAUAAUUGCUGUUAUUUCAGAAUCUUACGAAAGAGUGAUGCAGAAAUUAGUUGCCGAAUCUUAUAGAGUCAAAGCAAAUAUGAUAGUUGAAAGGGAGCAGUUUUUCACAAAAGAUGAUUUUAAAAGCGCAAAAUAUUUCCCGAGUUAUAUUGUUGUCAGAAGACCAUUAAAUGCAGUAAUUAAGGAAGAUGGGGAGUGCUGUAAAAUCUAAAGCUGA